AUGGAAAAUAGCAAUUCGUUUAAUUAUAAAAUCACAAAAAUUAAUGAUUUAAGUAAUAUGACAAAUAACCCUAAAUCAACUAAUGGUAAAAAAACGAAUAUUGAAAAUCAAUAUAAUAUUAUAGAUCAAAAAAGGAAAAAGGAAAUUACCCAUUUUAAUAAAUUAAAAUAUAAAGGAUACGAAAAAGAGUUAAACGAAAAUUGUAAAGACUAUUUAAAUGAAGACAAUUUUAUUGAACAAUUUUGCCAAGACUUAAGUAAUGAAUUCGAAGAAAAUAUAAAAGAAACAAACUUAUUAAGUGAUAUAGACAAUAAUUUUAUUUUUAAAAAAAAAAUUUAUGAAAAGAAUAUUGCACAAAUAGAAAAGCAAAUACAAACAAAUAAAUUAAACAGACUUAUUAAAACAAAUGAAAUUAUGAUAGAAAUGCUUACAUUAAUAAAAAAUCGAAAAUUAAAUACAAAAUCAUUUUUUUAA